AUGGUCAACGGAUGUCGAAUCGAGAUCUCCCCGCUCAAGUCUCUGAGCUUCUAUGCUGACGACAUCAUUGUCUGGGCCAAUCGAGGCAGUGAUGCCGACCUGGAGCACAACCUACAGUCGGCCAUUAACAUCAUCGACUCCUAUAGUUCAACGCUGCCGGGCGACUGGAAGGCUGCGAAGGUGAUUCUAGUCCGCAAGUCUGACGUGGCGAGGCCUCUGUCAGAGGAAGACCGGCAGUUUCCAGCUGGUGACUGGUCUCCAGUCGGGCCGUCAUCGUCGUCGCGACCUGCCAGCGCCGCCCCCACGAGCGGUGGCCGGUCGGUCCCAUCACCACAGUCGGCCCCUUCACCACAGUCGGCCCCUUCACCGCAGUCACUGGCAAGCGGUCGUGGCGACUGUCAGGUGCUGCUGGGCGACGCGCCGAGGAGGAGCAGGACGGCGUCCAGCUUGGACGACUCGUUCAUGCGCGAGCUGAAAGACCGGCUGCGCCUGAAGGCCAUGCUCCGGCUGCGACAGAAGCGCCGCCAAUGGGCCGAGGGUAAAGCCGGCCCGUGCGAAACUGACGACGCCAACAGCACCGUGUCACCGUCGAACCCGACGCCCGUCACGCAGACCGGUCACUCUGUCGUGUCGUCGGCAGCUCGAACGCCCGUAUCAGACCUGCACGGCAGACGCACAUCGCUUGCCGCUGCAGGGUCGAGCAGCGCUUCGCUGUGCUGCCCAGAGGACUACGAGGAGUCGGUUCGCCACACGGUGGCGUUGGGUUGGGACAUGCCGGCCGCGGUCGUGGUGGCCGCCACGCCCCCCGAAUCGGUGUGCUCGGACACACAUUUGAGCUUGCACGUUCCGGCUUCCAACGACGAUUCGCCUGGCGUCAGCUGCCCACCAGAUGCGCCGCCCGCAUUUAUGGCUGCCGGCGGCAACUCAACUGCUCUACAGGCUUUGCGGUCCGCCACUCCUCCCCGGCUCAAGCUAACGUCGACGAGGCCAGCGCCAUCAGCCUGCAGGACGACGGUGGUCUCGGAGGAGCAGGACACCCGCGUGAUCUCGGAGGCCGCAGUUCUCACAGCCUGUGCAGGGGAUGCGUGGACUCCCCAGAGCGUGCUGGUGCGGCCAUCAUCGACCAGCGACUCAUACGACUUCGUCACUCCGCCGCCGAUGCGCUCGGGUGCCAGGAGCACUGCCACCGAAAUACAGAUGAGCCGCCGGUCGUCGGGAGUGCAAACCGAGGCAUGCAGCAGCGUCAGCCGGGCCACCACUGCCAAGAUGGGAAGCUCGUUCUGCGAAGCGUACGACAGAGACUCCCAGAUGAUGCGGGUGCUGAUGGCGGGCAACGCGCACUACCUGCGCGAGCGGUCGGCCUCGUUCGGCCGCACGUCGACGCUGGACGAGACGCUGUACAUCUGCCAGCAGAUCGGCCAGCAGCAAGAACCACCCGCGCUCCCUCGGCCGGCCACCGCAGCCUCUGAGGUGUUCGUCACGCGUCGCACCACGGCGCUCGGGUCGUCGUGCGAGGACCGCGAGCCGCUGCGCCUGCGCCACCUCGUGGGGCUGCAGCACCCGCAGGCCUACGUGAUGGCGAGCAGGAGGAGGACGCCCACCGGGAGCCAUUCGCCCAGCGGCGACGAAGGCGUGAGCCGCAGCUCACCGCAGCUGCGACCAAUGCCGCGGCCUCGGCGCCUCCUGGCGGCGAACACGGAACCCAGUGGCCGCGCAUCGGACCCUGGGGUGGUGAGUGAAUCACCGCCGCGCCCGAAGCCUCGGACCAGGCUGCCGCUCAGGGUUCCCGUCAGCCUCAGCUCGACCAGCGAGCGCCACUCGGACUCCAGCGUGCUCUUCGUUCCGGACUCCACGGACCUCGACUGGUCGACCACGCCAUCGCCGCCGCGUUGAAACGAUGUUACCGCGCGCUCACCUUUCAAUAGAACGCCGGGUGCUUCUGCUAUCGAAGGUCCGCAAUGACUGGCCUUCACCUUCAAGCAUCAUCGACGGUGCCCCAGUAUUUCAUGCACGACUGUGCGCGCUAGCCAAGUUCAUUUUUUCCAUCCCUCGAGACGA